AUGAAUUGUUUUGAAGAUGAACAAAGCCAACAACAAAAAUCGCCAUUAUACGAUGGCGGUAUUGAAAAUCUACCCUAUCGAAUUGCUGAUAUCAGUCUGGCCGAUUUGGGACAGAAAGCAUUGUCAAUGGCUGAAGCUGAAAUGCCAGGAGUGAUGAAAUUGAGAAAAAUGUAUAGUUCUAAGAAACCAUUGAAAGGUGUUCGUCUUGCUGGAUGUUUACAUCUGACAGCACAAACUGGAGUAAUGAUCGAAACAUUUCGUGAAUUGGGUGCACAAGUUCAAUGGAGUAGUUCUAAUCCACUAUCAACCCAAGAUCAUGUGGCAGCUGCACUAGUUAAAGCUGGUAUAUCUAUUUAUGCAUGGAAGGAUGAAACUGAAGAAGAAAAACUAUGGUGUAUAGAUCAAACAAUCUAUUUUCCGGACGGGCAGCCAUUGAAUGCCAUUUUAGAUGAUUGUUAUUGUUUAGCACGAAUCAUUCAUGGAAAAUAUUCACAUUUGACAACUUACAUACAUGGUAUUAGUGAAGAAACAACAGCUGGCAUAACAAAAUUACGUAAAUUGUUCAAUGAUAACAAAUUAAAAAUUCCCGUCAUAAAUGUCAAUGAUAGUGUAACAAAAUCAAAAUUUGAUAAUAAUUAUGGAUGCGGUGAAAGUGUUAUUGAUGGUAUUAAACAGGUGACAGAUAUCAUGAUUGGGGGAAAAGUAGCAGUAAUGGUAGGCUAUGGUAAUGUAGGGAAAGGCUGUGCAAAAACCUUGAGUUCAUUUGGUGCGCGAAUCAUUGUUACUGAGAUCGAUCCGAUUUGUGCCUUACAGGCAGUAAUGGAUGGUAAGUUAUAA